AGAGCUAUAGUGCUCAAUUCAAUCCCACGCGAUGCUUCGCGUUGUAGCCUUGCAGUAGUGUCACUAAGCUAGAAACGGUGGCUAAGGGCGCUGGUUUGCAGGCAUGUCCGGUGAGGCGGAGCGUGACGUUCCGAAGCAAUCGCAGGCGUAUCCAAACCGUGAAGGGCUGGCAGCCGAAAAGAUCGCCAUGGAGGAACGACCUGCUCCGUGCAUGCAUGACCUUCCUUUGCGCCAAUACCUGGACACGUAUGUGGUACCCUCUUUGUUGCCUGGCAUGAACGCCGUUGCAGAGGCACGCCCGGAAAAUCCGGUGGAGUGGCUGGCCUACUACUUGCUGAAGAACAACACCAGCGGCAAAAAAACGGAGGAAAAGAAGGCGGAAGAUCCGGCGCCUGAGUCAUGACUGUCUCCACCGACGACAGAAAAAGGU